UUGAUUAAGAAUGAACAUCUAAACCUUCCCACCACAUCCCGAGUAGCUGUACAAGGGAGAUGACAGAAUAUGGGCAGACAGCAAGUUGAUAAUCAGCAAAUUAUUAGAACCCCAAGACUUGAAAAAGAGUGCAAAGAAGUUCCAAAAAGGUGUUUCUCUGAAAGCAAGACAAAGACUAGACCUCUAUAUAAUAACAAAGGAAGGGACAGAAUGAAGUACAGAAAAACCAUUAUGUUAUGAGUGUUGAGUCAUGUGGCUAUAUAUGUAGGGCAAUAUGACCUCCUAUGAAGGGAAAUUUGCAGCAUUAAUCAUCUUCAUCAUGUGGUUCUAAGGACAACAUCAUGAUAUAGAAAUCCAAUACCAAAUUCCUUUCUUUCAUAUUGCAGCCUCAUAAUUCUUUCCUUACACCAAAAAACCUCCAUUUUCUCUUUCUUUCUUGUUUCUUCUUUGUUCUUUCUUUCUGUGAUAAUGGAAGAUAACAACUCUGGAAUUGCAACAAGCCCAGUUGGAUGGAAGGGUAACCAUAGCCAUAGCCAUCAUCAUUUGGAAUCACAAAGUCAUAAAAUCCACCAACAUAAUGACAUUCUCCCUUCUACAUCUAUUCUCUUGAUAAUAAUUCCCAUUAUAAUUAUCAUCUUGCUUAUUGCAAUAUCUCUUCUCAUUGUAAUGCUUAAGCGCAUAAAAUCUGCCAAAGACAAUAGGAUUAGUUCAAAAAGCAGAAGUGUUAUCAACAACAGCAAUUGUAUGUUCAUUGCUCAUAGCACCAUUAACAUCCAUUCCAGUCCAGAAGUAAAGGGUGGAUGUCUGCAUGGAGGAAGUUCAGGGCGAAUGCCACAACCUAAAUUGAGAGGAGUUCAAGUAUUCACUUACAAAGAGCUGGAGAUGUCCACAGACAAAUUUAGUGAGGCAAAUGUCAUUGGGAAUGGAGGUUAUGGUGUGGUCUACAAAGGAAUCCUCACUGAUGGGACUGUGGCUGCAAUUAAAGUUUUGCAGAGGGAAGGCAAACAAUGGGAACGUUCAUUUAGAUUAGAGGUGGAUUUAAUGAGUCGCUUACACUCUCCUUACUUGGUUGAACUUCUUGGUUACUGCGCAGACCAACAACACAGGCUCCUAAUUUUUGACUAUAUGCCCAAUGGUUCACUGCGGCAACAUCUCCACAUUCCACAUAAACAAUCCAAGAAUUCAUUAAACUGGGGAAUUAGGUUGAGAAUAGCCCUUGAUUGUGCUAAAGCCUUGGAAUACCUGCAUGAGGACACAACCCCAUCAGUCAUCCACAGAGAUUUCAAGUGCAGUAAUGUUUUACUUGAUCAAAAUUUUAGAGCUAAGGUCUCUGAUUUUGGUUUAGCAAAAAUUGGUUCAGACAAAAUUAACGGUCUAAUCUCAACGCGAGUAUUAGGGACCACAGGAUAUUUGGCCCCAGAGUAUGCUUCAACAGGCAAACUUACAACAAAAUCAGAUGUAUACAGCUAUGGUGUGGUGCUUCUAGAGCUAUUGACAGGCCGUGUACCAAUCGAUACAAGGCGACCUCCUGGAGAACAUGUGCUUGUCUCAUGGGCUCUUCCAAGAUUGACAAACAGAGAAAAAGUAGUUGAAAUGGUAGAUCCAAAUUUAGAAGGCCAGUACACCAAGAAGGAUCUAAUACAGGUAGCAGCUAUUGCAGCAAUGUGUGUGCAAACAGAAGCAGAUUAUCGUCCAUUAAUGACGGACGUUGUUCAAUCCUUAAUACCUCUUGUCAAGACUUAUUCUUCUGCAUGUCCUUCCAAUUCCUUCAGAUGCAACCAGACCGUGAGUCCGAGGUCUUAGGAGCUAUUCAGAAUCUGAAGACGUUCCCAACAUUCUACUUCUAUUCCAUUUCAACAAAGUAAUUUGAUCAAAUGGACAAUGACAAUCUGUAACAUAUUUCUGCAACACCGCAAAAGACAUGGCUUAUGUACUUAAAUAGUGACACCCUAAAUUAUUACUAUUCAUCAACAAUUUUUGUACUAUUAUUCUACCAUAUAAUAAUCCCUAUAUUAUUAUUCA